AGACAUGGGGAAAAGGGAGCCAAAGUUGUGCCGCCUGGGACCGCCGUCUUGCCCAACUACUUUGUAGCGAUCAGGGUGACAAGUGAGGAAAUCCGCCGAGGCGUACGGGCGAUACAAGAGGGUCUGGCGCACGAACCCAACCUGGAGCCCGCCAUCAUCCCACUGUCCAACCUUCACGUCACGCUGUUGAUGUUACACCUGCGUGAGGGACAGGUACAAGCCGCUAGGGAGGCGCUGAGACUAGCCAAGACUCGCAUCACCCCGCAACUCCUGCAACCCGUACAGAAACCCGGAGAGAAAGCCACCACGUCACCGACCACGAAAGAAGCCGGUCGGUUCCUUCUCCAGUUCAACAAGGUGGCUAUUCCCUUUGAGGGCCUGGGCACGUUCGCCGACACCACGGUGUUUGCGAAGGUCGCGGAAGGCGGUCACCUGGCCACGCUCAGGCAGAUAGCCGAGACCGUGCGCGCCUGCUUCGCGGAGAAGAGCCUCUACCCGACCGACGACAACAGCUUCCUACCCCACCUGACCCUCAUGAAGAUCACGGACAACAACCAAGGGAAGCUGAAGAGUAAGGGUAUCCAGAGGAUCUCUCCAUCACUGUACGAAGGGCUACGGGAGCGGGGGUUAGGGAGUCAGUCCGUGGAAGGAUUCCAGCUCUGCUCCUUGAGAAAGAAAAGACAAGCGGACGGUUACUUCCACGUGGAGGAACAGGUCAAGUUCGGGCCAGGAGGAUAAGGGACCUUUUGUUCUAGUUUUGGAAUCCACUGUGUUUUUUGUUAAAUUUACAUGGAUUACAGGUGUAUCGUUACGUAUGUAUAUAUACGUCUUCCAUAAAAAAAUGCGAGAAAACUUGAAAUUUGUAAUAAUCGCUGAUACGUUCACAAGAAAAGCUUAGUUCUAGAUGUAGGGUUACAAUGCUAACUGAGAUUACCAAGUCGUAUGAUGUACAUUUAUAAUUUACUGCGUGCCAAGUUGUGAAUGAUGCAUAUUACCAUUUGUGUAUACCGUUUUAUCAAUACAAAAUGUACAAAAGUUUAUACAUGAUGACAAUAAAAAG